CAACGCUACGACUGCCCAGGAGGGCCUCAGCACAUCAACCAGACGUCGAUGUUGCGGUAGCUCAAAGACCUUACAGUUCCUACACAUUAUAGGUCUGCUGCAAAAGUGUCAAUACACCAUGCUCUCCGCCACCCCGGAAUCGUCCUCACGCCGCCGUGAGCGACACCGAGACAGCCAGCAUGCACAAUCAUCACGAGCUCCUACGAUGCCAGAAUACCAACCGCUUUCUGCACCCCUGAACCCAAAGGGCCAACACGCCCUAGCAGCCCUGCUACAAUCGCAAAGCUUCCGCCAUCUAAAAACACAUCUAAAGCACGCGUCAUUGAAACUGACUGAUACUGCGGGGGAAGCCAAUGAUCGAUUAACGGAGGCUCAGCAGCGAUUCCAGCGACGACAACAGCAGCGAAGAAGGGAAGCACAGGCUGCAAGAGAAGGUCAGGAAGAUGCGCAUGAGGGAGAUGGGAAUCAGGAAGAGGAUGACGAAGAGGCGCAAGAACUGGCACAGAAGGAGGAGAAAGUGAAGGAGAUCACGGCGCAGUUGGAGGAGAAGAUGCGUGAGGUUGUGGAUGCAGAGGUCAAGUUGGAGGGGUUGACGAAUGUGUUAGGAGAUUUAGCAAGGGAGGCCGAAGCUGCUGAGGCUGCAAAUGCGAUUCGGACGAGGACGAGGAGAGGAGGGAGAAGAAGAAAUCCGGAUGAAAUGGACGAAGAUGACGAGGAGGAUCAGGACUAUGAGGCUUCUCCGGAACGUGAGCUCGGUGGCGAUGACAAGCCGCCGAGUCAGCAGCUGCAGCAGAAACUGGCGGAGAAUACGGAGAAGUGGGAGGGACUGUCGUUGACACAGAGGUACUCUACUAACAAUGACUACGUCGGAUUCUACCGCAUUGUGCACGACGCCAAACAUCCCGGAGACGAUAUCCCUCCUCUUCCUCAUCCAUCCACGUGGUUUUCGCAUCUCGAAGACCCCAGCACGGCCGCUCGUGGAGCUUCAUCUCCCGCCCGACGCACACGCCGCGGACGCAACCGCUCUGCGUCACCUGCGGGCUCAGAAGACAUCGCCAUCGAGCGUGAACGCAUCUCGCUAAGAUGUCCACUGACGCUCCUCACCUUCAAAGACCCCGUCACAAGCACCAAGUGCCCACAUAGCUUUGAACGUCAAGCCAUCGAAGACAUGAUCGCGCACAGUCCGACCACGGAGGCCGUCCCGUCUCGGGACGGUAGCCGACCGCGCCGUGUCCGCUGCGUCAAAUGCCCUGUCUGUUCUGUGACAUUGACGCUGCAGGACCUUCGGCCAGAUCCCGUCCUGCUCCGCCGUGUCCGCCGCGCGGAGCGCGAAGCCGAGUCUGAAGACGAAUCCGACGAGGACGAGGCAGAGCGCAGACGGCGCAAGGGCGGACGAAAGAGCGGGUUUACCGUGGCUUCAUCCGACGUUGACGAUGAUGACGAGAUGGAAGGAGACUCUGGCAGACAUGCUGCACGAGUCAAGACGGAGGAAGCAGCCCAAAUCAAACAAGAACGAGCCCGGCAGAGUGUUUUGCCCUCGGAUACCCAGGAGUAUUGAAACAAUGUCGAGUACUAUUGAUAAUGUUUACUACUGUCCUCCGUCUCCAUUGUCCAGAUCCUAGUCAUUAUCUCUGGGGUUACAUGUCUAUACCCGUAGCCAAAUAUGGCAAGAUAUAUAUAUAUAUAUAUAUAUC